CUGGCAACACUGUGCUCUAAUUCUCAAGAUGUCGAGUGUUAACUUUAUACUUAAAUUUAUAUUUUGAAUCAAAAAUACAGUCAAACGUCAGCAGGUUGCUUCACAGCAAGUGAAUUUGUUUCAUGAAUGAAGUUUUUCCGAAUAUCAUUGUAAAGAUAUGGUUAUUGGUGCAUUCGUUCGGGCGGAAUAGUGUUACUUUACCUUGAACCUCAUCGAUUCAUAUGUCUUUUGUGUUGGUCUGUUUAUGCCCCAAUUAAAAUCGAGACCUUGCAGAUCAAAAGAAUCGCUCGUCCGUGUAAAAUAGUAUGGACCAUUCAACAUCUGGCGCUGAUAGUUUGUCAGAUGAACGGCUGAGCUAUUGUCAAAUUAAAAUUGAAGACGAUCAACAAGUUCAAUCCGCAAAUAAUUAUGACAAUACCGAGUAUCACACACAACAACAAAUUAAAAUGGAAGACAAGUCCAAUCAAAACGUUAACAUAAACUCAACCAACAACAAUAUGAGCAUUGAAUUAUGCUUAGUGUGUAGCGAUAGGGCGUCUGGACGUCACUAUGGCGCUAUUAGUUGCGAAGGAUGCAAAGGUUUUUUUAAGCGAUCAAUUCGUAAACAGUUGGCCUAUCAGUGCCGCGGUACUAUGAAUUGUGAAAUAACAAAGCAUCACAGGAAUCGUUGUCAGUAUUGUCGUUUGCAAAAGUGUCUGGCUUGUGGCAUGAGAAGUGAUUCUGUACAACAUGAGCGAAAACCAAUGCUCGACAAAAAGGAGAUACCGGCUGCCGGCACGGCUGCGAACGUUUCCACAUCGAAUGUAGCGGGUAACUCAUUGAACAGUGGUGGUUCGGCUCAAUCGGGCGCGUACUCGCAAAAUCGGGCUGGGCAAAAGCCUGGCUUUUGGAGAGGUGACUUUGCUAGUAACCAAAACGACAACUCGAACAUUUCCAAUAUGUUUCCGGUGAAUUUUUCUUUUGCCGAAUUGACUAGCACGUUGGCGCAACGGGGAAUUCUAGCUCCAAUCUACCCAUCUGACCAACUAACGGUAACGGCUAUUCCCAACGACGAUGAAAAUUCACUGGACCAUGCACCGAUCAAUUCACCAGCCACAAAUACACUGAACAAUUUAACCACUGAAGCAUCCAAUGUUCUACAGUCAACGAUCGAUAAAAAUAUUAUAAAUCAAGCUCUGGAUCUGAUAUCGAAAAUUCAAAAUGAAACUCAUAACAACAACCAAACGCCGAACUACAACAAUAAUUUCAAAGACGAAAUCGACGACGAUGAUUUCAACGAUCUCAAUUUGGACGAUCCGCUGUUGAAUGAUCAAGACAUUUCGUUCAAUCUACAUCCGCCAACAUUAGUGCCAGCGUACUUGAACGUGCACUAUGUUUGCGAAAGCGGCAGUCGACUUCUAUUUCUAUCGAUUUAUUGGGCCAAGCAAAUUCAAGCAUUUAAAGUGUUGAGUGAGGAAACUCAAGUUACGUUACUGCGAAACGCAUGGGUGGAAAUAUUUGCCCUGGGACUGGCCCAAUGUUCGCAGACAUUAUCGAUACCCACCAUAAUAUCGUCAUUGGUCAAUUACGUGAAAACCGUGAUAUCACAGGAGAAAGUACCGCCCAGUGGUGUCAAGAAAAUUGUCGAACAUGUUUGGAAAUUGCAGGAAUUUGUGUCUGAGAUGAGUCGCUUGGAGCCGGACGACUGUGAAUACGCCUAUUUGAAGUUAAUUUCAUUAUUCAAUCCAGACAAUGUAGGAGUUCAGCCAAAUCAACGUCCAAAAAUCGAAAAAGUCCAAGAGCUGGCUGUCCAUUUUUUGAAAAAUGCGACAAAUCAAAGUUCGUCACAUCAUGACAGCCGAGUGUCUAGGCUAUUACUGAAAAUCUCCAUGCUGCGUACAUUAGAUCCGGUGGUCAUUGAAGAUUUAUUUUUUACGAAUUUGUUGAUCGGGCAGGUGCAAAUUGAGAAUGUGAUUCCGUACAUACUUAAACUGGGUGGAGCUGGAGUAAGUAAUUCAUGAAAUAAGUUAAUAAAAGACAGUUAGCGUCCGUA